UAAUGAUUAACAUGGUACAUAGGAAUAUGAUAAACAUUUUAAUUCAAUAUUUUUUUUCAUGCAGAUAGAUGAAUAUGCAAUCAAUUUAUGGAACUGGGGUGUUACUAAGAGAGCUGAAGAUGCUAUCAAUGAGAAUGACAGGGCCAUGGUGCGGCAUAUUUCCUGCAGACUAGUGUGUUGGUGUGAGGGAACUGAACCUUCUGAGGGAACUGUACGAAGAAACAUAUUGAUGGCAAUGAAGACAGGUAAAGGAUGGGUAGAUGCUGGGAAGUCUGACCUCGCCAGUGAAUUCCUUGAAAUUGCUUUAAAUAACUUGGAGAAGUUGUUUGCCAUGUUAAUGCAAAGGAGCUCCCAGGAGGCAGAUGUAAACAUGCACAAGAUAUAUGUGGAAAAAGAUUUGUUUAAAGUCCUGACCUAUCAAGCUGAAGUGGCUGUGGCUCAGAAAGAUUUUGAGACAGCAUCACUGAGAGUUCAGAGGUGCACAGACAUGCUACUAAGACAACCAAAAGAGGCUGUGUACUUGUCCAUUUUGUGCUACAACUUUGGAGUAGAGACAUUCGAGAAUAAGAUAUAUGAACAAAGCAUUUACUGGUUGAGCCAGAGCUAUGAGAUUGGAAAAAUGGAUGCAAAGUUCAGCCCUGGACAAGAGAUGCAGGCCAAAGUACUACGACUUCUAGCAACUGUGUACCUUGAAUGGGACUGCAAAGUGAACCAGGAAAAGGCUCUUAAUGCUGUCUGCAAGGCUAAUGAGGAGAAUUUACAUCCCGCUGGCCUUUUCUUGAAAAUGAAAAUACUACUUCGCUGCGCGUUGCCUGAUGAUGCCCUUAAUGCAGCUGUUACAGAGAUGUUGCAUCACAAGCUGUCUCUAGAACUGUAUCUUAAUACAGUGAAGUUGAUCCUUGAACAUGGGAGGGAUCAUGUAGGAUUUGAAUUUAUCAAGCUGGUCUGUAAACAGUUUGAGUCCUCUCCAGACCUUGGGAAAGCACUCAUACUGCACAUUGACCUACUGCUAAGAAGAGGAAAGGAGCUGCUGGCACGACAGAAGAUAGAAGACCUUAUCACAGGUCAUUACACAGGAAAGCAGAUGACUUCAGAGACCUUAACACGUUUACAUCUUAUUUUGUGGGACUGCGCAGCCAAAAGCUAUGAGGCCAAAAAUUAUGCAGAUGCCCUACAAUGGUAUAAUUAUUCGCUGAGUUUUUAUGCCUCUGGUCAUGCAGAACCUAAUCUUGCUAAGCUUCAAAGAAACCGAGCUUCCUGCCACUUGCAUCUGACACAACUCACCAUGGCCAGAGAGGCGGUAAGGGAAGCUGAACGCUCUGAUCCAGACAACAUCUACACUCAUUUCAUCUUGUGUAAGAUAGCAAUGGUUGAGAAUAAUGUUCCUGAAGCAGUAAAUGCUGUCUCUGCUAUGGUGAAGUUAGCAACACAGCCAGACACUGCUGAACAUCAUUUUGAACAGAGUUAUUCUGCUUGUGACCUACUUGGUUUGGUAGCUCAGAUAGCCUUGGAGAGUGGCCAUAAUGAAGUGGCCAUUAAAGCUUUAGAGUUCCUGGUUGCACAGUCUCAAGAUACAGAGCAGGUGUUUACUUCAUUAAGAUGUUUGGUGCGACUUGUGCUCGCUGGAGAGGAAGGCAAAGACGAAGACAAAAGGACUGCGGACACAGAGCUUCUGUUAUCUUUUUUAAACACAGCUCACAAGAAGCUUGCAGAGCCUAUAAAAGAAGGAUCUCUGAGCAACAACCAGAGAACUAAUGAAGCGCACUGGUUCCGAAAAAUUGCAUGGAAUGUUGCUGUGAAGAAUCAGGACUUCUCACGUGUAAUGAAAGAAAGUUUUCUCCUCUCAUACAAGCUAUCACUGUUCUGCCCAUGUGAUAAACCAAUACUUGUGGCACAGAAAUCAUGUUUACUUAUGGCAACUGCUGUAGAUUUGGAAAUGGCCCGAAAGGCAUCAGACCGCAUAGAACAGGUUGGGUUGCUCAAUCAAUCACUGGAGCAUAUCCAGUUGUGUAGAGAGAUCUGGAAAGUGCUGCAGUCUACAGGAGACUUUUCUCAGGAUCCCACUGAAAUUCUUUUAUUACUUUAUGAGUUUGAAACCAGAGCUAAACUGAAUGACCCAAGACUAGAAACUGUACUUGAAUCGGUUUGGGAGCUACCUACUCUUGAAAUAAAAACACUAGAAAGUAUUGCAUCUUUAUCUAUGGAGGCUCCUGCAUAUUUCCCAUCUCUAUGUAAGCGAGCACUACAGGGUGCGCUAUCACUGCACAAGAAGCAAGACCCACUGGACGUUCCAAGGUUAAGUAAAUGUCUGCACAGUCUGAUUCAGCUGAGCCUGCCUGAGGGAAUAGUGCAGUUAGAAGUUUGUGCCCAGGAGGAAGCAUGGAGGUAUUACCAAGAGGCACUUACCAUCAUUACAACUUAUGAGGACUACCCUGACCUGGAGAAACUAUGGCUAAUGACUCGGGCUUGGAAUACAGGAAUAUUCAUGUACAGUGUGAAGAAAUACACAGAUGCUGAGCGUUGGUGCGCUCUUGCUAUGCGGCUGCUCAAUUUCUUAGGCUCCUUGAAGAGCAGCUAUGAGAAUCAGAUGGUCGGUUUGUACAGUGAGAUUCUGGAGCGGAUGGAUAAAGUGAAAGGAACCGUUCAUAGCGAGGAGUGAGCGAGUGUAG